AGGUUAUGUAAUCAACAAGAGGUCGAGCCACGCCGUCACAGCUUCCAGAGUUCAACAUCUCUCCGAGACUCCAUUCCAACGACCAUGUCUUUUAGAAAGAUCGACAUCGACGCUUAUGAUGAGGAUGUAAUACUGGAGGGCGAGCUUUGUGAACCAGAUCCACGCGAUCCCGCUCAGGUCUUGAGUGAUGCGAAACAGAAGCAGGCAGCAGUCCGGAGCACGUUAGCCAGGGGGGACAUACCAGGGGCCUUAGGAAUCGCGCUAGAUGGCAUACCUUAUGGGCCAAAUGUCGAGGAAGCUAAGAACCUGACGUUGCAGACCGUUGUCUCGAUACUGAAUAGCACGAAAUCGUCGGAGAUAAUCAGCGUCGUGAAAGCGCUCUCCCAGGAUGCUCAGGACACAUUGAUGAAGUACCUUUACAAGGGUAUGGGGAUGCCGGGCUGGGGUGAUGUGAGCGGCAGCGUGCUCUUGGGGUGGCAUGAAAAGCUGACAGAAGUCGCUGGCACUGGCUGUAUUGUACGAGUAAUGACUGACCGAAGAUCUGUAUGAAUCAGCAUAGCACCAGUAUUUGAAGUCAAAGCACGAAUGGCCACCGGAACACAUGGUCCCGAGCUCUUGCAAAAUGGGACAGCCGCUCAGACACGAUGAUCGUGACGUUGCUAAUCUCAGAUGGAACCCGUAAUACCAGUGUUUUGCCAAAGAAAGAAGGCGACUGGGCCCGAGGGUGGGCACUAAAUGAUCUCACAGUAAUGAAGUACAACGUCGCCACGCUUCAAUCGUCUCCAUCGUAUCG